AUAGCGGCGGCGAAAAGAGGUCGGUGUAAAUCGAAGUGUCAGCGAUUGUCUGUGUUUUUUUAUGCCAAGAUCCAGAUCCCGGUGCCGGUGGGAUUAUCAGCAGGGCCCGGCAACUCUCCAUCAAAAUCGGGGACAAAACUCGAGGUUGCUACUAUAGGAAGCGCUAGUGUCGCCGGCUGCAGCUGCAGCAGUUUCUGUUUUAGUUCCUGUAAAGAAGGUGAUGCUGCAGAGCGCGCCACCAUAAUGGUAUCCACCACGUUAUAUGGGAGUUAUAAGGCCCUGAUUAUCAGCACCGAGUAGGCGUAAGACGAUCCCUAGCGAAUUUAGAAACUUCUCCCAAGCUGAGGAAGAGAGUAACCAGUGGUUUUGUUGGUAUCUGACCAAAGUGAACGAGACGAACGAGACGUUGUGACAUCGUGUUGAGAACAAGGAGCGCUGUUGAUCGAAGUGGUAGAAACAUAACUGUGUUGUAUGCAAGAUUAAUUUAUACACUCUUACAGGGUAAAGAAAAACAGUAUGACAACUGAAAAAGUACCAGCCACUAGUAAUAAUCCCUUGGAGCAGUUUGUGCUGUUGGCUAAAUCUGCUAAGGGUGCAGCAGCAGUUGAGUUAAUUAAACAAGUACUUGAAGCACCUGGAGUCCAUGUAUUUGGUGAAUUGCUUGAUAUGCCAAAUAUUAUUGAGUUGGAGCCUGGGCCUCACGCAAGCUACUAUCAGCUACUAAGAUUAUUUGCUUAUGGAACAUACCGACAAUAUUUAGAAAAUAAAGCUCAGUUGCUUGAUUUAUCUCCCAUGCAAAAGAAGAAAUUGCAGCACUUAACAAUUGUUACCCUAGCCACAAAAACAAAGUGUAUACCUUAUUCUGUACUGUUGCAAGAACUAGAUAUUAAGAAUGUGAGAGACCUUGAAGACCUAAUUAUUGAAGCUAUUUAUGCUGAUAUAAUACAUGGGAAACUGGAUCAGAAGAAUAGCCAGCUAGAAGUAGACUAUGCAAUUGGACGUGAUAUUCAACCAGGUGAUCUUGGAUCAAUUGUCAACACAUUACAAGAAUGGUGUGAUUCAUGUGAGGCUGUGUUGUCAUGUGUGGAGACACAGAUCAAUAGGGCUAAUACAGAGAAAAAUCGUCGAUUGAAGCACAAGGAAGCUAUUGAACAAGAGAUUGUAAAUAUUAAGAAGACUUUGAAGACUCAAACGCAGGACUCUGAAGAGGCCAUGGCAACAGAUUCAAGGGAGGCUGUAGCACAAGGUGGUGAGAAAGGCAAGAAGACUAUCAAAGUUAAGGGACUGCGAGGUGCCAGCAAGUUUUGGCAAAAGUCUUAAGGCAGACUCUAAUUUGUGAAUAUUUCAUGGAGAAGCAGCAUAGUGCAUCAGACUUUGCUCAGAUCUCCUUAUUGGCUAGGGACUUCUGCUCAUGGAAAAGAAGAAAAGUCUGUGCAGUGAGGUACAUCCAAAGCUAGGAAACAUUUGACAUUUGCUACGAAUUUUUAAAUACGUCUAUUGGCAUUUUGUAUAAUGUAACAUUAUGUAAGUAGACAUUGCUCUUUGGAGCUCCACAUGUGAUAUAGCAGUAAUGUUUUAUUGGCAGCACUGGCAAUGGUGAGAUUAUUGGAGAAUAUCUAGGAGUGAAAGGAGAUUGUCAAGUUUUGUUCAUGCAGUUACUUUUGUUCAAUAAAUGCUAAUUCAAGAACUGUUGAACAAUAUCUAGUUUUGUGUCUGCUAUAUAUAUGUAUAAACUAAAUGCAGUUCUGAUUUUAGUAUAUUAUAUGCAGACAGAUUGUACAUUUGACUUACUGUGUUGCUGCUUUGCCGUGAAGCUUUCCCAAGAAACAAUAUAAAAACAUAGAUUUGUGUUCAAACUGUUCAGUGUAUUGCUGGUUGUAAAAAGGGCUUUGUUGUUGUAAUUACAACUGUUUGCUUCUACUUCUGACUUGUGUCAUUGUGUAACGUAUACAGAAGGCACAACUUGAAAUUGACCUAAUGUGUGUUUGCUUUCGGAAGAAGAAUUGUGCAGUUCAUGACCAGCUAUUUUCUGAAUUUUCUCAAUUCUGUGUUGUGUGUUCAGUAACAUCUCUUUGCUUAUAAAUUUCCAUAUCUCAAUUUAUGUGAGAACCCAUACUGUGUACUUACCAAUGAAUUCAUAGAUACCUUUCCUCUUUGAAAUGGUUAAAAAAAAUUCAAAGCCACAUUGCAGUGUUGUAUCGCUGUUUGCAGAUAUUGCAGUACAUCUGUAAGUGCAACUUUAAUAGCUAUUUUAGUAGAUGAUAUCUGGAAGCUGAUAUAAUACAGCUGAUACGCUUGAAGUCGGUGAACAGCUUCCAAGAGUUCCUCAAGUACUGAUGUAUUCUUUUAAAUAGUGUGAAAGAUAUUUGAGGAGUGUGUUGUGUGACAAAGAUCAUAUUCUGUAUAGAAGGCUUGUGGUUUAUGAGAGGAAUGUGUAUUACUUUAAAUCAUAUUCUAUGGUUUAUUGUUAUUUUGUUUUCGUUAUUCCGUGAGCUCAGAAUUUGUCUGCAAUCAAAGCCCUGGAGGUUGUCUUCUUACUUUCAUCAUUCCACAACUACAUGUGCUACACAUUGAUGUAUGUGGGCAGAUACUGGUGUAAUAUUGGUCCAGGGGAAGUUUGUUUCACUAAUGUGCAUGCAAAGCAUGAAUUCACUUUGGAUAGUGUUGCUAGAUUCCUGAUGUUUCAAAAGUGAAAUAUUCCUAUUCUGUUUUCUGCUUUGCUUUUAAUGUUCUGUUUAUCCCAGAGUAUUGUAUUACAUCAGUUGUAAACAGACCCGUAUUGUAACAGAAUUCUGUUUUUUACAAACCUCAAUGAGAAGACAAAUAAAUACCGUUUCAACUUGCUUUAUGGGUAGUAUUAUUUUCUACCAAAUAAUGUAGCAAAUCCUCUUAGAUGUUUGACCUACCUGUCUACCCUCUGUGCUCCUCAUUUACCAUGUGUUGUGAAUUGUAGAUUGAUCAUGCCUUGCGUGUACCUUUAAAAUGACUUAUAACUUUUUGCAAUGUUUUAAUGUAGAAAAUUGUUUUGUUCUGCAUGUUAUUUCUGUUGAUUUUUUUUCUUCUCUGUGAAAGUUGUGAAAACAUUUGGAAUCAAAGUCUCGCUUAAGCAUGAUGCUGAAAAUGUCUAUCCAUAAAGUACCUAUUCAUGCAAAUUUGGAGUAUUUUGAGUUCCUCCUCACCCCUUUGUAGCACUCCACAAUGUGUGCUCCAACUCUCUUAAAUAAUUACAUAACAAAAUAUUCCCCCAUUUACAUAAGUAAAAAUAAAUUAUAUAUCUUUACAAACAAUUCGCACUUCAUUUUAUUUGUGUUAUGUAUCAAAAUUUAUGAUUAAGCCAGAAUUAAUGGAUAAUCAUGACUGCAGCUAAAGUUAAGAUCGAAGACAAAUUUUUAGUCAAGGAAUGGCACAUAAGCAAGAAAAUUUCUGAGAAGCCAUGCACACAGUUUCAGGUUGGAUGCAUGGACAAGAAUCUAUUUCGCUAAUUUAAUUGAAUUCUAGAAUACCCUAUAAAUCAGCUUUGAUAAUAUUUUUCAUUACAUAACACUCAAUUAGAUGAUAGAAAAAUA